CCUACAAAUACACGCCGCUUAUAUUCACUACUCGCCCUUACGUUCUUGGCUGUCGCUACUUUCAAAACACAACUAAUAGCAGGCUGGUGAAUAUGGAGCGUUAAAUACCCUGAGAGCCGCCCGCCGCAACCAUGCUGCCUUACAGCUUCGCUCUCCGCACAUACACCACCAUCGGUUGGAUAACCUCGAUCCGCCCACCCCACCAAGCACCAUGGAGUGCACUAUCUGUACGAGGGCCAUAGGCUCCGAAUUGUCACCUUUUAACUGCGCAACAUGCGCCCGAGCUACCCUGUUCCCCUACCGUGCGCAGCUCGCAGAAGUCCUCCUAGAACGCGAGAAAGAAGCAAAGCGCGUCACCGCCGUAGUCCAGGGAGAUGAGAGUGCAGAAACCCACUACAGCAUCCGUAACUCGCACACAACUAUAAUGGUGGACCGGGAAAAGUGCACCAUGGGCGCGGAGCUGGAGCAAACAAAGGCUGAAACAGCCUUGAUUAAGGAGACUACAACCCAGAUCAACGAGCAUGCUACUAUGCUUCACCAGCAGAUAGAGCAAGCUAGAAAGGAUCUCGCUGCUCGAAAGGCUGUCCUUGCCCAGCGUCGCUCUGAUCUCCAGUCGGUUGGGCAUAACAUCACUGCUCGACGAAAGAAGGAGCUGGAUAAAGUACAAGAGACCAUCCAGAAAACGGAACAUAGCUGGGACAAGUAUCAUAGCGGUACCGUAAAGGCUCGCGUAACACUCUGUGAAGAAGCUGCCAAGCUCUCUGGUUUGAAGCAGAAGUGGCGGAAGGCUAAAGACGGGGGUUUGUACGAUGUAUAUUACAUCGGCCCGGGCGAUACCCUUCCAAUCGUCGAUCUUCGAGACUUGAACAAUGCUUCGUUCUUUGAGGUUUCGGCUUCCAUGACAGCUGUAGCUCAGCUCGUGGUUCAAAUAUCUCACUACCUUACCGUCCGUCUUCCCGCCGAGAUCACACUAGCACACCGAGACUAUCCCCUUCCAACAAUAUUCUCUCCAUCCUCAUCCUAUCAGUCUCGAGACGUACCUUUCCCGGGGUCAACGCCAACAGCUUCGACGAGCAAUAGCCCUGAUGCAUCGCGAAACUUUGAGCACCACAGGCCUCUCCCGCAUCCUCGAACACUAUUCAUUGACCGACCGCUGAUGGACCUGGCUACGCAGGAUCCGCAAGCCUACGCUAUGUUUCUUGAAGGAGUGUCACUCCUGGCAUACGACGUAGCUUGGCUGUGCCGAACCCAAGGCAUGCAGGAUGAGUUCAACGACUGGGAAGAUGUCUGCUCCAUGGGAAAGAACUUGUUCCGUCUUCUUCUUGAGCAGGGCCAUCGACCAGAAACGACCAGAAACGAUUCGCUACGAGAGCCCACAUCCGGUGCUGGCAGGAGUCAAACCGGAACGCCGACACAACCUUCUAAAGCGAGUGUCAAAUUCGGCGAAUUCUCUCAUGGCACAUCCCACUCCUUUCUCGGGGCCGCUGAAAAUGCGGGCUACCUCCGAGGUUGGAAAUUGACACCACCCAAAAUCGUUGACAGCUUGAAGGCUAUGCUACUUGCCGAUCAGCAAGUCCAAGGCUGGGAGGUGCUAGACCAGAAAGAGUGGCACGGCAUGGACGAUGUGAUCGCUGAAGAGCCCAUCCUUGUUGGGCCAAAGCGGAGGAACACGGGUCUAACAGACGAUACCCGCAGUGUGAUGAGUGUGGCCACAUCUGCAGCGGCUACGGCCGCCACCGCAGCUGUUGAGACCGAGGGCGCGGGACAGGGGAAAGCGAGGGGCGUGAACGGGUGGACGAAGUUGAAGAGCCGAACGAGCGAAGGUUCGAAAUAG